AUCUUCUUCUACGUUAUUUUAAAGUCAUAUUACAAUAUGAACACAGAAGAAUCCAUGGCUGCUUCUUCAUCCUCCGCUGCUUCCUUCUUUGGAGUCCGACAAGAUGAUCAAUCUCACCUCCUCCCUCCUAAUUCCUCCGCCGCUGCUCCUCCUCCUCCACCUCCUCACCACCAGACACCGCUGCCACCGCUUGAAGCUCCACCGCAGAAAAAGAAGAGAAACCAACCAAGAACUCCAAAUUCCGAUGCAGAAGUGAUAGCUUUAUCUCCAAAGACACUAAUGGCUACAAACAGAUUCAUAUGUGAAGUAUGCAACAAAGGGUUUCAAAGAGAACAGAAUCUACAACUUCACCGAAGAGGACACAAUCUUCCAUGGAAGCUUAAACAGAAAUCGACCAAAGAAGUGAAGAGGAAAGUGUAUCUUUGUCCGGAGCCCUCGUGCGUCCACCAUGACCCCUCACGUGCUCUCGGAGACCUCACCGGAAUCAAGAAACAUUAUUACCGUAAACACGGUGAAAAGAAGUGGAAAUGCGAUAAAUGCUCUAAGCGUUACGCUGUUCAAUCAGAUUGGAAAGCUCACUCCAAGACUUGUGGUACCAAAGAGUAUCGUUGUGACUGUGGUACACUCUUCUCUCGGCGAGACAGUUUCAUCACACAUAGAGCUUUCUGUGACGCGUUGGCUCAAGAGAGUGCGAGACACCCAACUUCAUUGACUUCUUUGCCAAGUCAUCACUUCCCGUACGGACAAAACACCAACAACUCCAACAACAACACUUCAAGCAUGAUCCUUGGUCUGUCCCACAUGGGGGCCCCACAGAAUCAUGAUCACCAGUCCGGUGACGUUCUCCGUCUUGGAAGCGGAGGAGGAGGAGCCGCUUCACGGUCUUCCUCUGAUCUCAUUGCUGCGAAUGCUUCAGGCUACUUCAUGCAAGAGCAAAACCCUAGCUUUCAUGAUCAACAAGACCAUCAUCAUCAUCAUCAACAAGGGUUUUUGGCUGGGAACAAUAACAUCAAGCCAUCACCGAUGAGUUUUCAACAGAAUCUGAUGCAGUUCUCACAUGAUAACCAUAACUCUGCUUCCUCCAAUCUCUUCAAUCUCAGCUUCCUCUCAGGAAACAACGGAGUUACUUCUGCGACAAGCAACCCUAAUGCUGCCAAUGCUGCUGCUGUUUCUUCGGGUAAUCUUAUGAUUUCGAACCAUUUUGAUGGUGAAAAUGCUGUUGGAGGAGGAGGAGGAGGAGGAGGAGAAGGAAGCACUGGUCUCUUCCCUAACAAUCUGAUGAGCUCGGCCGAUAGAAUCAGCUCAGGAUCAGUCCCUUCACUCUUUAGCUCAUCAAUGCAAAAUCCAAAUUCAGCACCUCACAUGUCAGCCACUGCCCUUCUUCAGAAAGCUGCUCAAAUGGGUUCAACCUCAAGCAACAACAACAAUGGAAGUAACAACAACAACAACAAUAACAAUGCCUCAUCGAUCCUAAGAAGCUUUGGGAGUGGAAUCUACGGAGAAAACGAGAGUAAUCUUCAGGAUUUGAUGAAUUCUUUCUCUAACCCCGGCGCAACGGGAAACGUUAACGGAGUUGAUUCUCCUUUUGGUUCGUACGGAGGAGUCAACAAAGGAUUAAGCGCUGAUAAACAGAGCAUGACUAGAGACUUUCUUGGAGUUGGACAGAUCGUAAGAAGCAUGAGUGGAAGCGGAGGGUUUCAACAACAGCAACAGCAGCAACAGCAACAACAACAACAUGGAAAUAGUAGAGAAAGAGUUGGCUCGUCGUCGGAUUCCGCCGAUAGAAGCAGCAUGAAUGUGAAUACCGGUGGUGGUCCGGCAAGUACUUCACCACCUUAUGGAAUCCAUCAUGCGAGUUUCUAAGAAGAUAAAAAAAGUUUCUAAGGAGAAAUUUUAAAAGGUUUUUAGUUCAUCAAAGUACAUGCUAUAUCUUUCAGGUAUGCAUGUCGUCAUCAAAACCCCCAUUUGAAGUAAUUAAAAUUUUAGUUUCAAU